CUUUCUCUGCACCUUUGUCUACGUUGCAUUCGCAGAAGAGAAAGAGAGAGAUGGCAGCAACUGAGAUACCACUAUAUUCCAAAGUCCUAAGCAAGCGCAGAAAUAGAAAUAGCCAGUCUUUACUGGAGCCUCUCUUGAUGAAUGGAUUCUCUGUACAUAUAGCGCUAAAAGCUUUGGCAGCUACUGGGCAAAAGUCAGUAGAAGAUGCAACAAAAUGGUUGCAUUCUCACUGCAAUGAUCCCUCUUUAGAAGAUCCUAUCCCACAAGAAUAUGCCCUUUAUUUGUGCCCAGCAGGACCACUGAAUGACACACUAGUAGAAUUUUGGAGAGAAAGCAAACAACAGUGUGGAAAAAACAGAGCCCAUGAGAUUUUCCCACAUAUCACCCUUUGUGAAUUCUUUACGUGUGAAGAUCAAAAACUUGAAAACUUAUAUGAAGCCUUAAAGAGAGCAGGUGACCGUUUUUCCAUCUGCUUCCCCACCAUCAUCUCCCUCUCACUUCAUUCCUCCAGCUCCUACAUUGGCUUUUUCCUUAGUGAUGGUCCUGCAAAUAUCCUCAAAUCAUUUGCUGCAGCUUUUGCUACAGAGGCUAUGGCCUUCGCAGACUGCUCUGUCAAACCUUCCACCAAGCAGCUACAUCUAACAUUGGCCAACAAAUUUUAUCCUCACCAUCAAAAGACUUUGGAACAAUUGGCCAAAUCAAUCAAUCCAAAGCAAAGCUGCAAUUGGGUGGCGGCUUUGUAUUCAAGAGACAUGCGGUUUGUCCAUUACCAGGUUUUGAGAGCUUUGUUUCAGUAUAAACCUCAGAACAUUGAUGAGCUGAUGCUAGGUGCUGGAGAUCUAAUAUAUGUUGACCGAGUACAAUCAGCAGAUGCUUGCAAUGGCUGGGUGAUAGGCGUCUCCCACAGAACGGGAUGCCGGGGAUUUCUUCCUGAGAAUUACACAGAGAAAGCCAAUGAGUCAGAUACCUGGGUGAAACACAGAGAAUAUGUUUUUACUCUAGCCCCUGGACAAUCUCCCAAGAAUCAAACUGAACCAUGCAUUAAACAGAAGAACCCAAGUCCAAUGCCAAGGAAUGUAGCCGAAAUGUGUACUCCUCAGAGUUCUGGGAAAAGCCCAGGCCAAAGAGGCCUUUUAGUGAUCCGCCAUGGAGAAAGGGUAGACGAGGUGUUUGGGAAGUCUUGGCUACAGCAGUGUUUUGCUCCAGAUAGAAAAUAUUGUCGAGCAGACCUAAAUUUCCCUUCCAAUCUACCCAAUCGAAAAGAUAGUACCAUAGCCUUUGAACAUGACCCUCCUUUAUCAUCCUGUGGUAUAUUCCAGUCUAGACUAAUAGGUGAAGCUCUGCUAGAGAAGGAAGUAAUGGUUUGCUGUGUAUAUUCUUCUCCAGCACUACGUUGUAUCCAGACAGCCCAGCAUGUAUUGGAAGGGCUUCAGCUGGAGAAAAAGGUUAAAAUUUGUAUUGAACCCGGACUCUUUGAAUGGACUAAGUGGGAGGCAGACACAACAGUUCCCUCUUUUAUGACAGAAAGAGAACUGACAGAGAUCAAUUAUAGUGUAGAUACUACAUACAGAUGCAAUUUUCCUCUUUCUUCUCUGAUGCCGUCCGAAGGAUAUGAUGACUAUAUUAACAGAUGUUCUGCAAGUAUAAAAUACAUCAUUGGCUCCUGUGCAACUAAAGGCACCAUCCUACUUGUUGGUCAUGGCUCAUCCCUGGAUUCCUUCACUCGGCCAUUAUUGGGUCUUCCUGCCAGGGACAGCAGCAGUUUUGCACAGUUUGUCCGAAAGAUACCAUCACUGGGAAUGUGUUUCUGUGAAGAGCUUACACAGGAAAGAAAAUGGCAGCUGGCUAAUCCACCGGUCAAGAUGCUAACCCAUGGAGCCAAUGUCACAUUUAAUUGGAAACACAUCUUUCUGGACCAUUAAGCAAUAUUUAUUCACUCUCAAUAUGAACUUACGUUCUCCUGAUUCAACAUCCCUGCUCUGUUUCUUGCCUACAAUUAAGUGAUAUAACUCAGGAACUGACUUUGAUGGAGUGGAAAAGAUAAUCUUUGUGUGAAAAUUUAAAUAAACCUUAGCCAGCAUUUACUUGGAUAGUUAAGAAUGCAUCAGGCUCUGGAACUCUCUGGAACUCUCUCCCAUUGGAGAUUAGAACUGCCCUUUCCCUCCUGACGUUUAGAAGGUUGGUGAAGACCUGGCUUUGGAAUCUGGCAUUUCAUGAGUGAGGCAAUGGCUUUUGACCACAUGGACGGAUGGGGAUGAAUAGUGAUUUU